GAUCAUGGGAUACAGAAUGUUGAGUCCUCACGUGUCAAAUGUGGAGGAUGUUUCCAUUGGAUUCAGCUAAACAAGGACCGUGAAUUCUGUCCGGCGAAUUGGCUGCAACAUAAGGGAAAAUGUUCGCAGAUCAAUGGUAAAGCAAAUGUGCGAGUCGCUGGUGAAAACAUUUCAGCUCGUCCCAGGGUUCCUGUACCAAAAGAUGGAUCUGGAAAUGUGCAUUCGGAAGAGAGUCUGUGGACGGAGAAAGAAAAACGGGCCUUGUAUGAGGCUUUGCGGGCAUGGGCACGAUGGGAGGUGAAUGCAAAGGAAGGAUAUGUGUCGUCAAUGCAUUGUGAAGGAGUGACGAAGAAUAAUGAUUUAAUUUGUGAUGCUUGCCAUGGGGUUGCUCAUGAUGAGUCUUUCAAAAGGGCUGUGCAAGAGUCAAAACUCCCACAGGAGCAGCAGCAUGCGAUUCACGCGGCACGAGACACUUUCACACCACAUACUCUGAAAAAUGCCGAUGCCCUUGAUUUACAAGAUAAGCUCAAUGAUCCAAUUGUUUGGAAUGCCCAUCACCUACUUCAACGCGGAAAUGAUGCAGAAUGCUUCCUGGAGCUGUUUAAAGCUGCACGGGAUGGUCAACUCCAAGGCCGCCAGACGUUUCAAGAGCUGUGUAUGGUGCUUGCUGACCAGCUCAAGCAUGACACCUCGAACAACAAAAAACUGAAGUAUGGUAUUCGCUACCCAAAGAAUUUCCUUAAUUUCAUGACACUUGUGCGCUCAUACGGAGGAGACUCGGCUCGUCAGUAUGGCAUUAUUACUUCUCAGCUGGCUGGACCUUCUCCACGUCACUUGAGGACUCUUACGGCAAGAUCAGAGGAUGCUCUUCAAAAUCCAAAUCUUGUUAUUGAGAAUAUAGCACAUGUGAAGCGCUUUGUCGAUUCUCUCAACUAUAAAGGGCCUAUCAUCAUAGCUGGUGAUUGUACGAAGCUUCGAAGCCACCUGACCUAUUCCAAUGACUUUGGCAGUCAUAUUCUUGGCUCUGUGCUACCGUAUGAGGAGUGCAAAGUUGAUGAAGUGGAGGAUAUUGCACGAGUUAUUGACACCAUCAAGAAGAAGAAUGCAAUGGCUACACAAGUCAGAGAAAUCCUCGCACAGGUUCCAUUACCCGGCUGUCAACCUCAAGUUAUUGCCUUGUUACCGACUAAUGGCAAAGACAAUGGUGUCGGGAUUCACGCUGAACACAUGAAGAUCAUUUGUAUGGCAGGGUGGCUUGGGCUUCCCAUAGUGGCACUUGCGGCUGAUGGUGCAGCCUCAGAGCUACUUGCACAGACACUAAUGGAUCAAGAGCAGUCAGAGCAAGAACGCCUUACCUACGAUUACAAGAUCUAUGGAUUCCAUCUUCGUGUACCCAUUUUUGCUGGUACGGGGCCUAUGGUCUCUAUUUCGGAUCCACCCCAUGGUCAUAAAACAUGCCGAAAUCAGCCUCAACAUGGCACACAUACGGCUAGCCUAGGCAUUGGCAUUGUUGUGAAUAGUUCCUUUCUGGAUCUUCACGCUACAGGGGAGUCUGGACUUGUCCUUGGUGAUGUGCAAAAUGUAGAUAAGCAAGACGAUGGUGCUGCAUUCCUAUUAUUCAAUUACGUGGCUCUCUUGGCGACCACAGUGCCUGUUGACGAGGGACAAAGCUUCAAUAUCUUCAACCGCCUCUGCGACACUCUUAUCCUGCUUGUUCUUGCCUAUGCACGUUUCUAUCCUGACCAACUGUUCUGCAUUUGGAUGUUUGGAACGCACUUUGUGGAGCACUUUUUUGGCAUCUCACGGCAACUACUGCCAAACUAUGCAUACGCAGAAUUGUUGAAGAUUGUUCAGCACAUAAUGCUUCGACAACACCUUCUCAUGUCAGGUCAAUUCAACGAGAAGCGGGAGAAACUAUCGCGGGUCGGCUACAUUAUCGAAUAUAGCAGUUCACCAUUGUCUCAACGUGAAAAGCACAACCUGCUUGUCACAGUAACAAGUGCACAUCUUGAUGCAAUCGUUGAGUUAGGUUUCCAUGAAGCGACUGCGUUUUGCAAAGAGCUGCUGCACAUCCCAACAAUUCGCCCAACAAUUCAAUCACCCCUUGCACUAAUACCCCUGGGUGCCUCACCACAGCGUACACGCCCAAAGACUGCAGACAGGACAUCAGCCAUCCCAGACAGUAAUGACGACAUCGACUCUGAUUCCUCCGUGGAUACUGAUAGUGGUGGCAACAACAAUUCGGAUGACGAUGACGCAUCGCCUCUGUUGGAUUCUAUCACUGGGGAAGCCAUUUCUCGGGCAGUGACACAGUCCACAAUGCGCUAUGCAGCACUAUGUGAGGACUAUGAUCGUGUCAUAGCUGACAUACCCAGUUCUGGGCCGACUCGGACAUCACUAGCAGAACAUGUGGCCUUGGAAGAUUUGAAGACAGCAGGGGCUGCCUCUAAUGUCGAGCCUGUAUUAGCCAUGGCCAAGAGUGCACUUUUUGAUGAUGACGGGAAGUUAUCUAUACCUCAUAUUUUGAAUGCUCGCAAGUCCCAUCAGUCGGAGACAAAGGUUCACUCGGAGCGUGUCAUCACCAUUGACCCAAAAUUUGUACUGCAUCGUGUUAUCGAGGAGGAAUCAGCAUCAAAGUCGAAGCUAUCGAUAACGAGAGAAUACUCCCAUUGA